GGUUGGAUGAAGGCAAAGGUGAACACAAUAAAUUCUUCAACCAAGACGCAGAGGAUCCACAUAAAGCUACAAUGUCAUAUGGUUCUGAACAUGAAGAGGAUCCACAUAAAGCUACAAUGUCAUAUGGAUCUGAAAAUGAAGAGGAUCCACAUAAAGCUACAAUGUCAUAUGGAGUAAAAGGAGAGGGGAGUCACCAUGCUCACUCUCACAAGCACGGGAACAAAAAGCAGGCAGACGUUUUCUUCUUCCAUGACAUAUUGCGGCCUGGUUCUGUGAUAAUUCCAACCAUCCCACUAACAACCUCCUUGCCAGCCCUUCUUCCCCACAACGUUGCCAAAUCCAUCCCGUUCUCCACGGAGCGCCUCUCCGACAUCAUCGCGAUAUUUGCACCGGAGUCGCUCGCGAUGGCUAGAGAGAUACGAUGGACGCUGGACACAUGCGACCACCCGUGGACGCUUCCCGGCCAAAAAGCAGGUUGCGCCACCUCCCUUGAGUCCCUCACCAAGCUAGCAUCAUCCCUUCACGGGACGCACAACGUCCGUGCGUUCUCGGCCGCCAAUCUACCGAUUGAUGCCGCAGGCACGCCGGCGCUGCGCGGGAUGUACAACGUGACGGCCGUGCGGAAGCUCUCUGACUCACAGGAGAUCGUCACCUGCCAUGAUCUGACGUACCCAUACACGGUGUACUAUUGCCACACUGCCAACCCUACUGCCGCGUACACGGUCACCCUUGAGAGCGUGGAUGGUGCAACCGCGCCCGAAGUGAUGGAGGCUCUAGCCGUGUGCCACCUUGACACGUCACGGUGGAGCCCGAAGAACCCGUUCUUUGAGCUGCACAACCUCAAGCCGGGGGAUGUGGCCGUGUGCCACUUCCUCACUAAGCUCAGCAUCAUCUGGGUGCGUGGUGGCGAGCCGGGAGACACACAUGGAACAACCCGUUAGAAGAGGACGCUUGU